GAGCCCCUUCCCAGGCAGCCGGAAGAGAGGAGGGAAACUGUAGGCACGAAGUGCUCAAGUCUAUUAACUUUUCUCUUUAUAGCAGUUUGUCAGCAGGAACUGCGGCGGAGGAAUCGAGCUGUGAAAGCAAGGUUUUGCAGCCCCUCGCUGGGAGCGCAACCUGCUGCUGUGAAUGGAUGGGGUGCUGAAGGCCAGUGUUGGGAGCUAAGCGCUUGGAUGGGGAAGAGAAAAGAUGCGAAUGCUGCACUGCUGAGUAACUUUGAGGUGUUCCAGCUACUCACUGAUCUUAAGCAGCAGCGCAAAGAGAGUGGAAAAAGCAAGCAGAGCUCUGGUCAGCAGAAUCUGAACACGAUCAUGUAUGAGACACUGAAAUACAUCUCAAAAACACCGUGCAGGUACCAGAGUCCUGAGACUGUCAAAGAGUUCCUCGCUGCAAUGAAGGGCCAUAAGCUGACCAAGGCUGAAAAGCUGCAGUUGCUGAACCACAGGCCUGUGACAGCAGUUGAAAUACAGCUGAUGGUAGAAGAAAGUGAGGAAAGGCUGACAGAGGAGCAGAUCGAGUCUCUUCUCCAGACAGUCGCCAGCAUUCUUCCAGGGGAUCCAGAAGAACAGCAGAGGGACUCAGCGAUGGAAACUGAAGGCAGAGGUGGCCAAUAGCAGGAGGCAUCUAGACCAAAGCCAGCAGCAAUUUCAGCAGAGAAUUGGUUAAUCUUUUCCUGUUUUUACUUGAUACCAGUUUCAACUUGUAUUGGGCAUCGUUGUAGAAUCUAUUAAAUGUUUCUAUUACUCAGAGGUGAUGAGGGAACCCGUUGUUUACCAGAAGGCAUGGAAGAGGAGACUGUUGUUCCAGCAUAUUGUCUUGUACAGGGGUGAUAGUGACUGACUUCAUAAUGUAGCAGACAAAUUACAGGGCACAAAAUGGGAAGCUUUUGUAUUUUUUACAUUACCCGUGUAACAGCUGUACAUUUGAGUAGGCUAAUAUACAGCUGGCAAUGUUUUAAUUAUCACAGCAGUACUAUAAUUGUAAUUGCUUUCAGAUGAUGUUGAAUUGCCCAACUGCUUUUCAGAAUGUGAUUUACAAUCCAAAGCCAGCUUUUGGAGCUGUUAGGGAGUAGGGCUGCUGUCAGAGAUCUGUGUGUGGAGUAACAUACAGAAACUGCUUGGUGUCUGGAACACACAAAGUAGGCUGAUGGCAUCGUGGAGUGAGAGGAUCUGUAGGUUGGAUAGCUGUUCUCAGGGAUGUUGGACAAUCUGCAGAUGAGUGGUAGAUGCAGAUGAUCAGCUAAAUGAAUGCAUUGCCCUCAGCAUGGCUGGAUUGGACCAGUUUUGCAGCAGCCGAGGCUCUGGACUGUAAUGCUAAGGCUCUUAGUAAUACAAACAAAAGGACAUUUAAGAGUGGGGUCUGCAUUUUCCUUUUGAGUGUUUGUUCCAUUAUUUAUGUAUAAGCAAGUCCCAUCCUGUGCACUUGCUUUGACCAUGGAAUAAAUGAAUGAGUCAACACUGAA